AUGCAUUUCACCGCCCCCUCCGUGGCCCUGCUUGCUCUAGCAGCCGGCGUCCAGGCCGGUGGUGCCAAAGAGCAGCAUGAGCCUCCCAUCCGCGGCGUAAAUGGCAUUGGCAAGCACCAUGCCAGCGGUGCCACUGGCACCGGUGUUGCCCCUACUGGUGUCGUUCCUACCGGUGUUGUUCCUACCGGUACCCAGACUGGCACUCACCCCAUUGGGACCGGCCACCACCACCACCACCACAACGGCACCAGUACCCACACUGGCAGUCACCCCAUUGGGACCGGCCACCACCACCACAACGGCACCAGUACCCACACUGGCAGUCACCCCAUCAUGACCGGUACCCACAACAACGGUACCCACGGCGGUGGCAAGAACAGCACUAUCAUCGGCACUGGCACUAUCAUCGGCACUGGUACUGCCUCCCACUUCACCCACCACGGUAGCUCGACCAUCCCGGUCGAGGUCCCUACCAAGACUCACACUGCCUCUGUCUCUGGUGGUGCUGGCGGCGGCUCUGCCUCCCCCAGCUCGACCGACUACAGCCCCUCCAGCCCCGGCUCCAAGGUCACCGCACCCCAGGUCGGAGUCCUCAGCGCUGUUAUUGGCAGCAUUGUCUACGGUGCCGUUAUGCUUCUAUAA